AUGAAGAAAUUAACGAUACUUCUUUAUCUUUUGACUUGUUCUGCCGGAUCGGUCACUCAAGAUCUUUGGUCUCUACCCGGACCCAAUGAAGAAAAUGGGAUCACUCCUUAUGGACUCGUUGAGAAUGAUUCUGGUCUAGUUCGAGGCCUAUUAGAAGUGGAAGGCGCUCUGAGAUUUCUCUAUGAAAAAGACGAAUCGGAGUUUGAAGAGGGGGACGAUCAGCAACAGAUAGAGGAGGAUUUAUUCGAUCACAUAGUUUGGGCUCCUAGAAUAUGGCACCCUUGGGGCUUUCUAUUUGAUUGUAUCGAAAGGCCCAAUGAAUUGGGAUUUCCCUAUUGGUCCAGGUCAUUUCGGGGCAAGCGGAUCGUUUAUGAUGAAGAGGAUGAGCUUCAAGAGAAUGAUUCGGAGUUCUUGCAGAGUGGAACCGUGCAGUACCAGAGACGAGAUAUCUCUUCCAAAGAACAAGGCCUUUUUCGAAUAAGCUAA